AUUACUGGAUUAAGAAAUUUGUUGCCUUGCAUAAAUACUUCGAACUCUCUGCUGAUUUAUUUCUGUAUUUGCGCGAAGAUCCACAACCAAGUGCUUUGUCAAAUAUUUGAAUAUAGAUCAGUAGAUGAUCACUGUCUGAAUUCAUUUGAAGCAUGAUGCAUACCUGUUUUCUAUUUAUAUGAAGUCUGGAUGUUUCGUAAUUGUUUUACAGUUUUAAAUAAAAUAGUUUUUGUCAAUCAAAUAUUUACUAAAAAUAUUAUAUUUAGCCAUAUAUUUGUUAGUUGAAAAGUGGAAUUUGCUUAAAGUUAUGCGUGUGGUUAAUUUUAGUAUUUUUUUUUCAUAUGCCAUAGUUAUCAAAACUACAAACAUGUCAUAGAAUUAUCUAUCUUAAUUCUGUAAUUGUUCGUUUGUAUGUGGCAAUGGACGACACAUCAGAUAACACACUGAAGAUAGUCAGAACAUCAGUAAUUCUACUUCUAUUAGCUGUAUCUCUGGUCGGAAAUUCUCUCAUUGUAUUUGCAUGUGCAGUUGCAAGUAAAAGAAAGAAGAAUGCUUUUAAUGCUUAUCUUCUGAGCAUGGCAAGUUUUGGCUUGCUGGAAUGUUCGUUGACAAUGUCAUUUGCAACAGGGUUUUCAAUUGAAGAAGCUUGGGUGUUUGGAGAUUUUUUAAUGGGUUUCAAUGGAUGUUUUACACAAUUACAAAACAUUGGGGUACUUUUAACAAUUACUGCAAUGGCAACUGAUAGGUAUUUUGUUGUCUGCAAGGGAUUAAGCCAUAGAGAAGAAAGCAGUUACCAUCGUGCAAGUUAUAUUGUUUUAUAUACAUGGAUUCAUGCAUUUAUCAUAUCUCUACCAAUAAUGUUUCAUAAUGAAACUGUUGGAUUGACAGUGAAAGCUUUCAUAGACCGAUGUUUAUGUGGGCUGUCCAAAGAAACAUCCUUGUCUUACACGUGUAUUUUAUUAGUGACGAGCUUCGGUCUUCCGGUUUUUUUCACUAUUGCAUGCUUCAUAGCUGUAUUUUGGAAUUCAGAGAAAGAGAAACGAGUUCUGAGAGGUUCUAACACAACAAAUUACGGAGACUACUGUGUGCAGCAAUCUGAAAUUGUCACACAAGCUCGAUGUGCGAAAUAUGUCCUUAUUUUGCUCUUGUUAUUCGUGGUUUUCAAAUUUCCUUAUCUUAUCAUGGACAUUUCAACACAAUUUGGAGCUUCAUUUACAUUAUAUGAUAAUUCAUCAAUCAUGUCGACAACAAUUGGAGAAAAUAAAUUCUCGUAUCAAACUGCUUUUAUGUGGAUGAUGUUUUGUUUUUCCGCCAUGUUUCCAUUGGUAACUUUGGCUUGGUUUGCCGAACAUAAGAAGAGAAUACGGAUUUAUCUUUGCUGUGGAAAUCGCAAAUUGUUGAAGAAUACCAUUACAGUAAAAGGCCAGAAGAGAGACAAGUUAAAAAAUGGUAAGGUUUCUGCGUACAUGACACGGCAGCCAGAUAAACAUCAACAACCACAAAAAAAUAUUAGGAAAGGACUUGGUUCACAAGGAAGAAAUGUUCCAGGAAAUUCCGAUUCAACAUCACACGAUGAUGCUACAAGUUCAACUAAGACAGCUCCUGGCGGUUAUCGAGUCCCUGUGUUAUAUGCUACUUCUGAUGGAUUACAUCUUUUAGAAUCAAAAGAUAAUGCUCAUGCCAAGGAUGAUACAAGCAAUGUUAACAAACCAAUGGAGACAGAAGGGAGUUCUUCUCCAGACAAUCCAGAAACUUCUGGUAAUGCUAACAUCAGCAAGAUACCUGAAAGUCCUGAUCAAGCUAAUGCAACUCCACCUGAACGAAAAACAUCGAGAGUAUGGUUGACAUUGAAUCCUGGGGAACUCGUUAAAAUGUUCAAAAAAUCCAACUCAGUUCUUGUUCCUGAGAAGAAGAAUAAACCAACAACUUUAACAAAGCCAACUGUAAAAGCUGUUAUUGAUAAAAGAGUUGAUGUGCUGGGAUCAAAUGAUGGUUUGCAGUCAGAAGAGGAAGAUUAUUUUAAAUAUGCAAGUUUUUAUAAUGAAGAUGAAACUGAUUCAGAAUUAAAUGAAUCUGCAAAUAGCAGAACACUUAUUCUACCUGACUUAAAUUCAGCACCAGUUCCUAUUCGAAAAAAGCGAGGUCGUGCACUUGCAAUAUCGCCUUUGCCUCCUCAGAAAACUCGCUCAGGCUUUUUUGAGUCUGAGUCAACUAAUGUGACUAAACCUACAACUCCAAAACUCAUUGAACAAUCGAGAUCUCAGAGUGUUUUGGAAAUAUUUCAGCGUUGUCAGACACCGUUUCUUCCAAAUACACCAACACCCUCAAUUGAAACGCUUGAUAUUGAAACUCGUGCGCGAAGUCAUUGCUCAAACUCUGUGUCUCCGCACCAACCAUGUGAACCAGAUGAUAAUAGCCGAAAAAUAGACGUGAAUCCUGCAAUUUAUUCUCAGUUUAAUGCAGAAAAUAAUAGUAUGAGUGAAGACAUAAUCUCCGCUUUAAGUAUCUUUGGCUAUGAUGAAAUAAAUCCUCACAUUCGUAGAUCAUCCCUUGUUAGCGAUAGAUCACUUUCAGUUAUAUCUUUGCGUUCAGAAAUUAACCUCAUUCAGAAUUCUUCUCUAAUUCCGAAAAAAAUGGGUUGAUUUAUUUAUGUACAAUAUUCUUUCAGGUAGACUGAAGUUUACAAACGUAUUAAAUAUCAAAUGUUCGGCAUCUCUUCAGAGGUAAAUUUUUUUUUGUAGAAAUUGAAUGUGAGCACUUAUUCUGUUGUUAUAUUAGGGCGAAAGUAUGAAAUCAUAUGUCAUUUUAUUUGUGAGGUGCGAAUAAGUAAUUUAAAAUUCAAGACACUCAAAAUUUUGUUGUUCUCAAGGCUAACAUAUGUUUCAUAAUAUUUUACAUUCCUACCGUUACCUAGAAUUCAUGUUUAUUUUACAACAUAUUCAAAUUUUUCAAUUUUACCAGUGACAGUUGGCCUUUGUUUAGCAUCUCUGCUCCAGCUGAAGCACUAAACAAGCAGCAACUGAUACGCACGUAGCUAUUACAUUUUGGAUGAACUCAAUUUGUUAUUAUGAUACACAUUUUCAUUUUGAAUCAAUAGACUAUGUUGAAAAUCAUGAGAUAAAAUGAAAUUUGGGAAAGUAUUCAAGGUUCAAUUGUCCUAUCCACUGCCUUUUUUUCAAACAUUCUAUACUACUUCAUUAUUGCCUAUGUUGAAAAAUGUUACUUUAAAACUAUACAAAUGCAACAAUUUUUCAAUGUAAUGCUUACCAUUGCCAUUUCUAUUGCACAGCUCAUUGAGGAGACACUAUUUUUGUUCCUAUGUUCCCUUAUUGUGUUGCAUAUUACUCAACAUGUUUAUGCAAACUGAGAUAAUCGAUUUUCCUUUCUAAAAUCUUGUAUAUAAAGUGCCCACAAUAAAUUGCUCUAUCUCUCUUCGUUUAUAUCAA